GUAUCAUCACGUGGAGAGAGGGGAGCAGCUGCCUCGGCCCUUCCCCGCUGACACCAGCCGCUGCUCGCACUGACGGGGUCCGCAUGGCGCCUGUUCUGUGUGGGAAACUCCCGCGAAGAGCUGGGCCGUGCAGACAGCAGGGCGGCUGCAGGCAGAGCCUGCGCAGCACCAGCGACUCAGGCUGCAAGGAGAGACCUGCCCCCAGCGCCAGACGCGUAGCUUCGAGUGCCUCUGACCCGCGCUCCUUCCCGGACCCCGCCCUGCUCCCAGCCCUGUCCGCUAAUACCGCUCAUUCCCAGCGGCUGAGGCGUGGCCAGGCCUAUCAAAGAGGCUCAGCGGGAGCAAGGGCUGGGGGUGUGGACCAUAGAGACUCGGAGAGCGGGAAUCAUGGCGACCUACGUGCAACUGAGCACUAAGGCCAAGAUGCCCAUCCUGGGGCUGGGCACCUGGCAGGCUCCUCCAGGGAAGGUGGAAGAAGCAGUGAAGUUUGCCAUCGACAUUGGAUACCGCCACUUCGACUGUGCCUAUUUGUACAAGAAUGAGAGUGAAAUAGGGGAUGGGAUACAGCAGAAAAUCAAGGAAGGGGUUGUGAAACGGGAAGAUCUUUUUGUUGUCAGUAAGCUGUGGUGCACUUUUCAUAAGAGAUCCCUUGUGAAGGGGGCAUGCCAGAAAAGCCUUGCUGCACUGAAACUGGAUUACCUGGACCUCUACCUUAUUCAUUUUCCUAUGGGAUUCAAGGCUGGUGAGGAGAUGCGUCCUGUAGAUGACAACGGUAUGAUUGUCCCCAGUAACACUGAUAUUCUGGACACAUGGGAGGCUAUGGAAGAGCUGGUGGAUGCAGGUCUGGUGAAAGCCAUUGGAAUCUCCAACUUUAACCACAAACAGAUUGAGAGACUCUUAACUAAACCUGGUUUAAAAUUCAAGCCUGCCAACAACCAGAUUGAGUGCCACCCAUACCUUACCCAGGAGAAGCUGAUUACAUAUUGCCAAUCCAAAGGGAUCUCUGUGACCGCAUACAGUCCCCUUGGCUCUCCUGACAGGCCAUGGGCCAAGCCAGAGGACCCUAGUCUUCUAGAGGACCCUAAGAUUAAAGAGAUUGCUGCUAAACACAACAAAACCUCUGCUCAGGUUCUGUCGUUUUCAAUCCAGAGGAUGUGGCAGUCUCCCAGUUUGACAAACCACAUCGCUAUUGAGGAGAGAACUUGA